AUGACGGCCAGGAAACGAGGCCAGAGCACCGUUGAGCCUGGCUCCGGCGGCCAGGGCGAGGCCAGCACAAGUAAACGACCACGUAUAUCCAAUGUGCUCGAAGACAUAGGCGAUGGUGCCCCGGGCUCUGCCGAUUCGUCAUCAGAGGCAACGUCCAGCAGCAGUGAUGGAGGAGAAGAAGAAGAGGAGGACGAGGAGGAGGCAGAGAUCGGCCUUCGCUCGACCCAGGCCAUCCACGAGAAGAACUCCAGGAGACAGGAGAACGUCGCAGCCGAACACGGGAUCAUAGAGCGUGUUGACUGCUACAAUUUCAUGUGCCAUGAGCACUUCUCAGUCGAACUUGGGCCGCUCAUCAACUUCAUCGUGGGCAAAAACGGCAGCGGGAAGAGUGCCAUCCUGACCGCGCUCACACUCUGUCUUGGGGGGAAAGCCUCUGCUACGAACCGCGGCCAGAGCCUGAAGAGUUUCGUCAAGGAAGGCAAGGAGUCUGCAACCAUCAUCGUUCGUAUAAAGAAUCAAGGAGAUGGCGCCUAUCUCCCAGACAUUUACGGCGACUCAGUCAUCGUCGAACGUCACUUCUCUCGCUCUGGUUCGAGCGGCUUUCGGCUGAAGAGCAAAUCUGGGGCUAUCGUCUCUACGAGGAGAGCCGACCUUGACUCCAUCACAGACUACUUUGCGCUGCAGAUGGACAACCCGAUGAAUGUCCUCUCGCAGGACAUGGCCCGGCAGUUCCUGAGCACUUCGAGCCCGGCUGAAAAGUACAAGUUCUUCAUGAAAGGUGUACAGCUGGAACAGCUCGACGUCGACUACCACAUGAUGGAGCAAUCUAUCGAUCAGCUUGAAGAAAAGCUCAAAGAUCAUAUGGAUCAGUUGAAGGUGCUAGAGACCAACAAGAACAAUGCAAGGGCGCGGCUUGCGCAGUCCGACAGACAUGAAAGUCUACGAGAACGGAUUCGACAUCUGCGAGGGCAGACAGCUUGGAUACAAGUCGAGGAACAAGAACGACUUCGUGAUUCUCUUAUCACCGAGGUUGCAGAAACUAAAGCUCGCAUUGAACAGCUGCAAUCUGAAGCCGAAGGUCGUGAUGAGGCAUUUCAGGAAGCCGAUCGAGAAUUCAAUGAAGCAUCGGUGGCUCUCCAGGAGGCUAAAGAUGCUCAGGCAGCUGUGGAGGAGAGUAAGGCAGAAAUCAAACAGCGGUAUGACGAGGCAGUCAAAGAGCGGACGGGACUCCAGGCUCAACAAGCUAUGAUCAGAGAGCAUUUAAUGGACAACAAGAGGAUAAUUGCGGAUACCCAGAGGAAGAUUGCGGAAGAGCACGCGAGACUGGAGACCUUGAAUGGCGGCGCCACCGCAGCAAGACUCAAUGAGCUUGAAGAAAGAAGGUCUGCGGCGUCUGCUGCCAAAGAUAAAUAUAAUAAUCACCGGCAGAAUGCCGACCAACUACAAAAAGCCAUCUCCGAAGCAGAGGAGGCUGUUAACGAGAAAUCAAAGCCGAUACGGGAGAAGAAAGCUGAGAUCAAUGAUGCGGAAAAUCAGUUGCGAACUUUGAUGACAAGAGAUAGGGGUCAACAAGAUGGGUUUCCUGAGAAGAUGCCCUUGCUUCUGCAAGCAAUUGCUGCCGAACGUGGAUUUUCUCAACCGCCAGUCGGGCCACUGGGACAACAUGUACGGCUCUUGAAACCAAAAUGGUCCUCCAUUUUGGAAAAUGCGUUUGGUGCAACAUUGUCAAGCUUUGUCGUUACAUCAAAACGUGAUAUGAAUGUGCUGUCUGGCAUAAUGCGGCGGGUCGAUUGUGUCUGUCCAAUAUUUAUUGGGAACUCACAAGGAAGGAUAGACACUUCAGGCCACGAGCCUGAUCCUCAAUUUGAUACCGCGUUAAGGGUGCUAGAGGUUAGACUUUACUUUACUCCUGUGCAAGCUAUUGAUAAUGAUAUGGUUCGCCGCCAGCUAGUGAUAAACCAUGGUAUCGAGCAGAUGCUACUGAUCGAAGAUGUUGAAGAGGCAUCAAAGAUCAUGUUUGACGGUGCAAGGCCCAGGAAUGUUAAGCGGUGCUAUUGCAUAGAUUCUAGGGAUAAGAGACGCGGUAUACACCUCGCAUUUGGGCGAAUGGGGGAUCCAAGCCAAUCCCCUAUUCCUGCGUUUACCGGAAGACCACGAAUGAAAACGGAUACUGAAAUUCAAAUAAGGUUACAGCAGGAGGUUGUCGACAGCCUCAAACGAAACCUUGGUCAGCUUGGACAGGAGCAUCGUGCUGCCAUCCAGCAUCUCCAGCGGCAAAAACAGUUGUUCUCUAUCCAUCAAAACCAAGAACAUGAGUUGUUUGUUGAAAGUCAGAGGGCGGAGGAUAAAGCUGAUGAUCUCAAAGACGCAAUUGAUAGAGACAGUAUCGAGGAUGGGCGACUGGAAGCUCUAAAUUUGGCCAUGAAGGAGACAGAAGAGGAGAUGAAAUUGCAUGAACGCUCCUUUGAAGAUUGUGUCAACGCAAAGGACGCGGCAACCGCCAAGGUGAAAGAAAUAAAAAAAGAGCUAGCUGCAAAAGAUGCCGAAAUCUCCGGUAUCUCUAACAAUACCCGUCAGGCAGAAGCAGACCUAGCGCGUAAGGUAAAUAAGAGGCAUGCGGCACUUGUUAACAAAAACGAGGCCAUUGCAAAGACGAACAAUAUUAAAGCGCAGGUUGUUCAAAUUGAGCGGAGACAGGAAGAAACAGAAGCUCGAAUCGCAGAUUUUAUCCAAAAGGCAAGUAUGGUCGCGCCUAGAGUCUCAAUCGAUGCAGGGGAAACUGAAGCCAGUCUUGCCGAGAAACUGGACAGGCUAGACAGAGAUCUUAGAAGAUAUGAUUCGCAGAUGGGUGCGUCGAGAGAGGAAAUUGCAGCUGCAGCGGCAGAAGCGGAUGCAAAGUACGAGCGGUCUCGGAACGAAACCGCAGGUUUCAAGACACUCGCACAGAUGCUCAAACACUCGCUGGUACAUCGUCAAGAAAGAUGGCAAAAGUUCCGAGCGCAUAUCACCUCCCGAGCGAAGAUACAGUUCAUCUAUCUUCUUAGUGAGCGAGGGUUCCGAGGAAGGCUUCUGGCAAACCAUAGGAAGAAACUGCUAGAUAUUCAGGUCGAACCGGACAGCACCAAGGAUGGCAUCAGCCGAGGAGCGAGGACCCUUUCAGGAGGGGAGAAGUCCUUCUCACAGAUAUGUCUCUUGCUGGCCCUAUGGGAAGCCAUGGGUUCACCCAUCCGCUGUCUGGACGAAUUUGACGUUUACAUGGACUCUGUUAACCGAAAGAUGGCCAUUGACAUCUUGAUGUACGCUGCUAGAUGCUCUGUUGGACGUCAGUAUAUUCUCAUCACUCCUGGCUCCAGAUCAGAAAUCACUGCCGCCCCCGAUGUGCGUGUGAAGGAGCUUGCCGAACCAGAACGGGGCCAGCGUACUCUCUCUUUUGCCCAGUGA